GGGGGCACCGAGUCACCAGGCACAACCGUGGGCUCCGAGUCAACUGGGAUGACCGCUGGCACUGGGUCAGACAUUGGAUCGUCUGGCUGGACAGCGGGCAUCGGGUCACCAGGCAUCAGGUCAUUUGGCUCGACAGCGGGCACCGCGUCAUCUGGCAAGGCAGUGGGCUCCGAGUCAACUGGUAUGACCGCGGGCACUGGGUCAGGACAUUGGAUCGUUCUGGCUGGGACAGCGGGCACUGGGUCACCAGGCAUCAGGUCAUUUGGCUCGACAGCGGGCACCGCGUCAUCUGGCAAGGCAGUGGGCUCGAGUUCAACAGGCACGACAGUGAGCACCGGGGUCACCAGGUACCGGAUUGUCUGGCUCGACAGCGGGCAUCGGGUCACCAGGCAUCAGGUUCAUUUGGCUCGACAGCGGGCACCGGAUCAGGUACCGGAUCAUCUGGAUCAACAGCAGGCAUCGAGUCAACUGGCCUAAUAGGAUCGUCAGGCUGGAUCAGUUCAUCAUGCUGGGUAGAGGCAUCAGGC